AUGGCCUUGACAGCGGCACAGGCGGAGGCGCAGAUGCAGGAAGUGUUUGGAGCAGUCAGCACCGGGGGGAAGCGAAUGCAGACACCGCCGCCGGAGGAGGAAGAUGGCAGGAAGCAGCGCCGGCCCAACGGAAAAGGGGGACAAGGCGAGGGAUGGAUGGGCAAAGGCAGAAAGUCCCAGGCCAGCCGAGGGACAUACGCGCGAUCCUACGAGACAGAGGAGGCCAGCAUGGAGGAGAUGACGAGGCUGCUGUGCAGGGUAGUGGUCAGACAGGAGGACAUGCUCAAUAUCCUGAAGCAGUCAACCAGUUGGGUGAUAUUUGCGAAGACGGAGGCGCCCUCCAUUAUUCCAGGACUGGUGGCAGCAUCGCAGAAAUGGAAGGAGGAAAUCACCAAGCAGAACAGUCCGCUGGGCAAUGUCAGUCUAAGGACGACUCUCUUCUGGUGCCUCCUCAACCAGCUCAUGGAGACCUUCAAGAAUCUGACGGCGGACCAGCUGCAGAAGGCCAAGGAUGCAGGAUGGAGCACAGAUCAGGGCCAGUGGGUGUACCAGAAGUGGUCGCCUGCCAAUCAGACCCUCGAACAGGACACAACCGCAGGCUGGGAUUUUGCCCGGGACGGUGCUAAGGGCGUCUGCUUUAGCAAUGUGUUCAAUGUCCUGGGAGUGCAGAUGGACAUCAGCUGUCUUCACCAGGGGACAGUGGUUUUGACAAACAAGCCCGACCGCAUCGAGAAGCUGAUGGGCAAGCUAGGUGUUGUGGAGAAAUCCGGUUCCGUCACUGUGCACGAGGCACAGGUGCUGCUCG